UCGCCGCCAUCUUGGCUCAUAACAGAAGCGACAGAGAAUGUCUAAUAAGGGGCUCUGGAAGCGAUUUACAAUCUCAUUCUUUUCCAAUUGAAAGUUUAAGAUUUUGUAGAGUAGCCUAUCCUGCUGCAAAUUGACUGACGCGUAUCUUCUGUAAAACAUAAUGUGUAUUUAAUGUUAGGCACCAUCAGAUAGCAAGCCUCCGGAGAUUUUAUGUUAACCGGUAGCACACUAACAAGCUCUUGCUUGUCAACAAACAUUAUGAACUCUCUCGUUUGUUAUGGAGUGUCAUCUGAUUCUGAUAGUGACAGUGAUGUGAAAAAAUGCGAUCAAGAGGCGGAGAAGGCGAGAAAGGGUUGCAACUUUCUACUGGAAUCCGGCUCAGCGUCCAGCGAUUCUGAACGCGAAUGUGAUGAUGAGAAGGAGAAGGAGCAGGAGCAGAAAUAUGAUGGUCGGACUAAGCCUCAUGCACCCAUUCAGGGACAUGUACCCGAGAAGCCCAUUCCUCCUGCCUUAUCAACCCUGAAAGCCAACAAGCUGCCGCCUCCACCUCUUGGGGCGAGUGGUCUGGUGGGCAGUAGUGUUUUUACUAAUCCGUUUAAGGAACAGGCUGAUGAGCGCCUGAAUGUACUGCAGAAGCAUGUACCACUUACACUGCAGGCUAGACCUGCACAGAUUGGUGGUAAGAAAAUGUGCAUAUCUUAUAGGAAGGAUGGACGAUGCCGCUUUGGGAGCCGCUGUAAGUUUGCCCAUGACAGUGAUCUCCAAAACUCAGUCACCCCAGACAGCAUGGUGGCACCUGAUGAGGGUCCAGAAACCGGUUCAGACCAGGCCAGCCCAACUCGGGCACCAUCACAGACCCAUGACUGUCAGACCCCCUUGCUCCAAACACAGGGGCAAGAAGGAGAUGGGUCAGACGAGGGCCGCAUAAAGAAGAGGAGAGUCGGCCUCAGCCAAACACUCAUCCCCCCAAAACGGGCACUAAAACAGUAUGACAUACAGAGGCAAAAGGACAGAGCCACUCCUUUCUGAGAGGACUGCAUGUAUUUGUGUUGUGUGUGUGUUUGGUGAUCUCAGAGGCUUAGACUGUAUGUGAAACUGUCAAUUCUGACUUUUCUUCAUUUUCAACACACAGUAAUAACUUACGUUAUGGUUAAGGGCACAUAAUUCCUCCAUUACAAGAU